CGACUUCUUUCUAAAAAAAUAUUUAUCCAUAUUUUCCGCCACACUUCACUAACCACCCUUGCUUCGAUAUCUACCUAUAUUUUGAUGUAUUAUGCCGAAAUAAUUAUAAAGUCAACACAACUCGAGUUAUCACCCCUCUUUUCCCUACCUAUCAACACUCCCAUCUUAAGCUCUUAACCUCUCCUUCAAAGUUGCCAUUGCAGUUGUUGCAGCCAGCCAUCAACCUUGUCCAAAUAUAACAUGACUAUGGUUGACACUUGAAUUGUUGCCUGCCUUCAGUAGAAACUGGAAAUUUGCUAAAAGAGGGAGUAAACUAUGAGAAACAAACCAAAAAGAUGGUGGACCUGAACCAUAUCCACAUUUUCCUCGCAGGCCGCUUUCAAUUCCCAUUUCAUUUCCUGCCUCUGCCUCCCUCCACACUCUUUCUCUGAUCUCAUAAAGGCUGCAACCUUCGCCUCAAUCCACAUCACAUGGCAUGGGUUUAAUCCCAAAUCCUCCGCCACAAGAAACCCAAGAAGAAGACGACGAGGAAGAUACCGAGCCAAUACUAGAAGGAGGAGAAAGCAAAGAAGAACCAGGGACAGAGAGCGAUGGCGUUGGUGAUUCUCGAGUAUUUCCACCCUCUUCGUAAUGGAUUCCAAUCUUUGCUCGAUGCCGAUUCCGGGAUUUGGUUUCUGGGCUACGGCUGCAGAUGGGCUACUCUGCUUUCCCUUCUCCUUAUAAUCGUAUUCCACUUUUCCAGGCGCCUUCUCUUCUCCCUCUUUGCUUCUUCUUCUUCUUCUUCUUCCUCGUCUCGACCUUCUCCUAUCUCUGCCGCUGCUCCUAAUCCGCUCUCGCCAUCUGGGUCUAACCCUGAAUCCAGAUCGUCAGAGUUGGUAUCAGAAGCAGAUUUGAAGUUCUUGGUUAAAAAUCUGGAUGAGGUUGACGAGAGUGAGAGCUGGGAAGAUGUCAUAGAUAAGAGAAACAAUCUUCUACAUUAUAACGCAAAAUGCUGCAAACCCAAGAAUGCUCCGGUAAAGUACUUGAGUGUGACAGUUUUCGAGAAUUGCUCUCCUGAGUUGCUUAGGGACUUCUACAUGGACAACAAUUACAGAAAGCAGUGGGACAAAACUGUAGUGGAACAUGAGCAACUCCAAGUAGACCGGUCGAAUGGAAUUGAAAUCGGGCGCACUAUUAAGAAGUUCCCACUUCUGACACCUAGGGAGUACAUUCUGGCAUGGAGAUUAUGGGAAGGAAAGGAUAAAACGUAUUAUUGUUUUAUUAAGGAAUGUGAACAUCCGUCAGCACCAUUACAGAAGAAGUGCGUGCGAGUUAGAUACUUUAGAUCUGGCUGGAGAAUUAGGAAAGUACCUGGUAGGGAUGCUUCUGAGAUCAAAAUGUAUCACCAAGAAGAUGCUGGGCUAAAUGUAGAGAUGGCAAAGUUGGCUUUUGCUAGGGGCAUAUGGAGUUAUGUGUGUAAAAUGCAUGCUGCACUAUGCAAAUACCCGUCAAGUAGUCAAAUAGGAAGUGAUUCUGCUAGUGCACUCUCUCUGGUUCAGAAGAUUCCUUCUGGCAUCGAAGCAAUGGACAGUUGUCUCAAGGACACUCCUGAGAGUCCAGCCAUAGCUACUGCAUCUCUUGGAAUAAGUAUGACGGCGAGCAGGAAGAAGAAAUUAGAGAGGCGGCCAUCAGGGAAAGUGGUAGCAAACGGGCUGCUUCUGAUCGGAGGAGUCAUCUGUCUAUCUCGUGGUAACUGUAGCCUGGGAGCUAAAGUUGCCAUGGGCUACCUCUUGUCGAAGCUUGGGAAACGCAAUGCUCGUCAAUCUGGCACCGAUAGAGGAUGACGGAUCAUGACAAAACCCAUGCAAGGAUGGUUAGACCCAAGAUUAACAUAAAAAAUCACAUGCUACAAGUACCAGAUAUUGCCAGAUUCUGAUCCUGUAUUUUGUUUUUGGGUUGAAAUUUUGCUUGAUGCUUCUUCUCAUUCUUCUGUAUAGAAAAAAAAAAAGAGAAAUUAUAGAUGUUACACUGGAAUUCCUUGUUGCUGAUGAACUGAAACUGCUGAUACAGCAGCUUCAGAAGUUAGCUUACAAGUGAAAUAAAAUAUUUGUACAUUGUAUCAUCCACUUCUCAUUAUUUUUUUCUGCAAUGAGUUCCUCAUCAGCGGGCUAGCUUGUCUUCAGAUUAUCAAUGGAUAGAAAUGGGCAGUAACGUUGAUCGAUCGAUAGAGAAUACUACGAAUCAAAGAAGAGUCAGCCAGGUGUGUUAUCAAUGAGAGUGAUAAGAACCUCAGGGAAAUGGCCUGAAACAGAGUACUCGAAGGUUGCACGCUGCUACGGCAGAAGCCACACGAUUCAGAAAGUUGCGUCCUAAAUAGCAAGUAGAAUGAUAACGUGAAGAAAUGGUUUCAUGAUCUAGUAGCUAGCUAGGGUUUCUCCAAGCCAUUCACUCGCUCUCUGUUCCUCUUUCCUCCAAAUAUAGCCAUGAAUGUCCCCCACUCUGUCUCCUAUCCUUGCUGUAAUGUUGCUCAUUUGCUCGUCAAACAAAAUUCCCAAAUUCAG